AUGUUGUUAAACCUCUCCCUUCUUGUUAUUCUCGUAUUAAACCCGACGCGGUUCCACCUUACCACUUGCGUCGGAACAAAAGUUGUGAAAGAGAAUAUCGGAGGCCUCAAUACCGUUAUCACUGGAAAAACUUGCAAAUCGAAGUUCUGUCCAGCUGGAGCAACAACAGCUUACAUGCCACUUGCAUUCGAGUACACUGGAUGUGGAGGAAACAAGAACAACUUCAAGAGUGAAGGAGAAUGUCGUUUGACUUGCACUGGAUUUGAUUACUCCGGGUGGGCUACUGGAAGUGCCCCAGUUAAGACCAACCCCUGUCAAACUGAUAAGGACUGUGGACCAAAAGGAAUCUGUAAGUCUGGAAACCAGAUCAACACUUGUUGUGACAAGAAGAUCGAGAAGAGUUAUGAUGCUGAUUGGAGUCCAAAAUGUCCAAAAGGAAAGAAGGUUUUAAAAGUAGAACAAGGAGGAAUACCAAUCACUGUUGUCGGAAAAACUUGUAAAUCGAAAUUCUGUCCAGCUGGAGCAACAUGUGUCGAAGGAACAUACUUUGCAACUUGUUGCAAGUAG